GGGGCGGAGAAAAGGGCCAACCCUCAGAGCGAGGGGCCUCCGGUCUUUGACUUGCUCCGGGAGAAAGUGUGGGCCUUUGAGACUCGGGGUUGGGGCGAUGGCGCUUCGCUGGGGCAUCGUGUCAGCCGGCCUUAUCUCCAGUGACUUCACGACGGUGCUGCGGCUGCUGCCUCGCUCUGAGCACCAGGUGGUGGCGGUAGCGGCCCGGGAUCUGAGCCGGGCAAAGGAGUUUGCGCGGAAACACGACAUCCCCAAGGCCUAUGGCUCCUAUGAGGAGCUGGCCAAGGACCCGAACGUGGAGGUGGCCUAUAUUGGCACCCAGCACCCCCAGCACAAGGCUACGGUGUUGCUUUGCCUGGCAGCUGGCAAGGCCGUGCUGUGUGAGAAGCCCAUGGGCGUGAACGCCGCGGAAGUGCGUGAAAUGGUUGCCGAGGCCCGAUCCCGAGGCCUCUUCCUAAUGGAGGCCAUCUGGACCCGCUUCUUUCCUGCUGUAGAGGCUCUGAGGUCUGUUCUGGCCCAGGAAACUCUGGGGGACCUACGAGUGGUUCAGGCAAAUUUUGGGAAGAGUAUCGCCGAUGUGCCCCGAUCCGUAGACUGGGCCCAGGCUGGAGGUAGCUUGCUAGACCUUGGCAUCUACUGCCUCCAGUUCAUCUCCAUGGUCUACGGGGGGCAGAAGCCAGAGAAGAUCUCGGCGGUGGGAAGGCGCUAUGAAACAGGUGUGGACGACACGGUCAGCGUGCUACUCCAGUACCCAGGAGGGGUCCAGGGCAGCUUCACCUGCAGCAUCACUUCCCAGCUCUCCAAUAUGGUCUCUGUGAGCGGUACCAAGGGCAUGGCCCAGAUCCUCGACCCCUGCUGGUGCCCAACAGAGCUGGUGGUGAAGGGGGAGCAUAAGGAGUUCCCACUGCCCUCAGCCCCAGGCAAGGAGUUCAAUUAUACAAAUGGAAUGGGCAUGUGUUACGAGGCCAAGCACGUCCGGGAAUGCUUGAAGAAGGGCCUGAAGGAAAGUCCUAUGAUUACUCUGGCUGAAAGUGAGCUCCUGGCUGACAUCCUUGAGGAGGUGAGGAAGGCUAUUGGAAUCACCUUUCCCCAGGAUAAAUGCUGAUAUAUACCCUGAAUAAAUAAAGACGUGCUUUCCACAGA